AUGAACAAGCGAAUAAAUUUUUUGAUAAAUAAAUGGAUUUUUGUUUUUUUUUCAAAAAUAUCUCCAAUUUUAUGUAGUGUGGAAGAGAGAAAACUACGUGAAGAAAUUGUAGAACAUGUAAAGAAUUCCAAAAUAAUAAGCUAUCCUAUAGACAAAAAAUGCAUAAACUUUUUCUUCACAUCAAAAGAAAUUCAUAAGCUUAUUAGUAUAACCAGGACAGUAGAAACAACAAAUGAGAAAAGGAAAAACCAAAUAAUUGUACAAAACUGCUUAAAUUUGUAUUAUUUUCUAAUAACAUGUGCAAAGUUAAAAAAAAUUUCAUAUUUCCAAAGGAGAGCCCUUGAAUAUAUUGAGGAAAAUAUUGCUAAGCAUAUACACAACAUUGGAGUUGAAACUGUAGAUAGGAAAUUUAUUCCUUACACUAUACACAUAAAAAAUGAAAAAUCAGUUAGCACAUUGGUGGGCGAGCUAUCCAUGGAUUGUUCCAACUACUUGAGGAAAAUAAAUGGAGUUAAGAUAAGAUACUUAACAAUAGGCAGGCAUGAAAUAAGUAUAGAUGAAGAUUGGAAGAAAAAACAUGAAUGCACAUUUGAUAAGAAGAAGCUUAGAAUCCCCAUAAGUAAACACAACUACGAAUUCAUUUUAAAUGGAAUAAAUGAAUCCUCAUUAAGGGAAAAGGUUUUGGAUCUUCUGAACAGUCCUUAUAAAAAAGGAAAUUUAAACAAAGACAUAAUAAAUAUAUUAAAAAAAAGGUAUGACAUAGCUACAAAAUUGGGAUAUAAAAAUUGGGUUCAAUAUUCUAUGUCUCACUUUACUAGCGAAAAGGAUAAAUACAACAAAUUAAAGGAUUUUUUUAAUGUAGUAAAAGAAAAAGUGGAUGGAGAUUAUGAACGUAUAAAUGCAAACAUAGUAAAGAUGGCCUAUUCAAAGGCAUGCAUUGGAAAUGCACAACUGGGAAGAGAAGCAGAUAGAGGUAACAAAUUAUGCAAAGAUUUAUCUAAAGGUAAACUAUUCAUGCACGAUUGGAGUUAUUACUAUAACAAAAUUAUGAACAAGUCAGACGAAUAUUUCGUAAACACAUUCUUCCCGCAUGCACAUAUUUGGAAAAAUUUCAUCAGAAUUAUCUCAAGGAUUUACAACUUUUCAUAUGAAAUGGUUGAAGACAAAGAAGUUUUGAGAAAAUGGCCAAAAGGCAGUCUCAUAUAUAGAAUAAAUCUAAAAGAUUCAAAUAACAAUGAUAAGGUAUGGGGUUCCAUAUCUUCAAGAACAACCCCUCUAUUAACAAGAAUUCCAUUAGGAGUAGAAAAUUACCGAAAGGAACUAGAAGGAGAUGUAAAAUUACUCGGUUACAUGUACAUAAUACCAUAUAUGGAUAUAAAACUUAUGGAUUAUUUUAAAGUUCCAUCGAUGAAUUGUUUAUCAAAUACAUGCUUAAUAUGCAAAGGACAUGUAGUAUUGGAUUAUAAAUUUAUCGGAACGAUGCCAAUUGAUAAGAAGCUAUUCAGUAGUUCUGAAAUUUUAACAAUAUUUCACGAAUUUGGGCAUGCAUAUCAUUUAUUAUUAUUAUCAAGAAGGUAUUCUUUAUAUCAAUUUUCAAAUAUGCCAUUAGAUUAUGCUGAAUUUUUUUCACAUAUGAAUGAACAUUUAGCAAAUAAUUACAGUGUCUUAUACAAUUUAUCAAAUAAGGUUGAUGACAAUUCUAAAAUAAAUGAGCAUAUAUUUAAAUCGAUUAAAUUUGAUUCAUCUCGGUUAGCUAACAUCUAUACACAUUCUGUGAUAGAUUAUGAGAUACAUGACUUAAAUCCGUAUAAUUUAUUUUUUUCCAACAGUUUGGAAAAUAAUAAAAAAGAUAUUAGUGAAGAUAACUCAUUGCUUCUUCCUUUUUAUGAUAUUAUAGAAAAAUAUUUUCCUUACAAAAUUUCAUCUACCUAUUCCAUACAUUCAACAAGUUUUCCAUAUCACUUUUCUUGUUAUUAUGCGGGUUCUGUUUUGAGCUACUUAUUAGCAGAAAUACGGGUUCUUAUGAACAUGUCCAUUGACGAUUUGUCUAUCAAGAAGAACAGUUCUUUGGUGGCUUUUCAAAAAAAAUUCUAUACCAUUGUGCAGGACGACAUUGUCAAUGCAUCAGUCAUUGACCACGCGUUAGCAAAUAAGCAAUUGCUUGUGUCGAGGUGA